GGGUGUCGGAACCCGAAAUACCGACUCCUCGCACCUGAUCAUCCCUCCAAAGACCAGAUCAAUCCACUCAUCAACAACUUCGGGUUCCGGGCUUUCAUGUUUCAAAACAUGAGGAAUGGGGACAGUGUGAAAAUAUCGGCUAAGGUCAUGGCCUGUGUCGAGGCCAUCGAUUGCGCUCCGGUUUUAUGUGGCGACGACAGAGGCGAAGGCUUCGGAAGACGACGUCGAAGUGUCGACAAGAACACCACUGUCGAGUUCCAAGUCUCGACAUUGGUGUCGACGACGCCAACGAGCAUCUCGAAAGCAAAUAACAAAACCAACGAUUUUGAAAACGAAAUUUCCGUCCGAAUCCUCGAUCGCUACACAGGUUGGAAUCAUGACAAUCAUUAA